CCCCCCUGAAGUUUAUAUUGUAAAGGUCUUAACAAGUGAGGAGGACCUGGUAUGAGAAAGCUGGUGAUAUUAGCAUCUUUGGUCUGGGCUCUACAUGCAGCUAGCCUCCCAAUAAGCACUGAUGUGCAGUAUAAGUGCCAAGAAGAUCAGGACAACAUAGCUACAUUAGAAGCUGAGAGGUUUAUUAAUGACCAUCACCAUGAAGGAUACACUUUUAAAUUUGUCUCACUGGAUGGACGCAGUGCAAAGAAUAAGGUGCCUUGUGAAGUCAUUUUGGGAAUAACCCUAGAAGAAACUGAAUGCCACAUUGUGAAUCCCAAACCUUUAAAUCAGUGCAAUUCUAGAACAGAAACAGAGACGAAAGUGACAUCAAAAUGUAAUGUGACCAUGUUCAGCGUUGAGGGAACAGCAGCUGUGAAGUGCUUCAUCUGUGACACCAGACCAGCUUCGCAUGAAAUGGCAAAUUGCUCUGACUGUCAUAAUCUACUGCCUUUACAUGACCGGAAGGGUAUGGAGAGUGUAAAAGCGGCCAUGCAGAAAUUCAACAAAAUAUCUAAUCAGAAGUCCUACUUUAAACUCAUUGAAGUUGGAAGGCUAAGCACAAAGCAUAUGCUUUCAGGUUAUUGCAUCUUUGCUGAGUUUGUCAUUAUGGAGACAGUGUGUCCAAAAAAUGUGACAUCCAAGAAACAACAACCAUGCAAGGCUUUAUGUGGGGAUCAGGCUCGAUAUGGCUUCUGUAAGUCCUCCAAGGCUGAAAAUGAAGAGCCAGAAGUGGAAUGUGAGAUUUAUGAAGAUCAGACAUUAAAUCCAUUACAACACCCUGCUCAGUCAAGAAGAGACUGUAAAUUCCAUGGACUCCCACCUGCCCUCUAUCCAGAGUAUCAUCCAGGGUAUAUUGAUUCACCUCACCCAGACCAUGAUGACAACAGCAAAAAGCAUGAACAUGUAGGUCAUCGCCUCCAUGUUUCCAAUAGUGAUGAUGGCAAAAAGCGUGAACAGGGAGGUCAUCGGGAACAUGGAGACAAUGGCAACCAAAGCAAAAAGCAUGAACAAAGAGGUCAUCAGAAACAUGAAGAUGAUGAUGAUGAUGAUGAGAAGAAAAAGCGUGAACAAGGAGGUGGUCCAGAACAUGGAGACGAUCGUGACCAUGGCAAAAAACGUGAACAAGGUGGUAAUAGGAAACAUGAUGGAGAUGAUGAUAAUGAUGGCAAAAAGCAUGAACAAGGCGGUCAUCAGAAAAGUGGAGAAAAUGAUGAUGAGGGCAAAAAGCGUGAACAUGGACGUCGUAUGGAACAAAGACACAGUGAUGGUGACAACAAAAGGUAUAAACUAGGGGUUCUUAAGGAACUUGGAGAUCAUCAUGAUGAUGACAAAGGAAAGCAGGGAGAUGGCAACAAAGGCAAAAAGCUUGAUCAAGUAGUUCCUAAAGAACUUGGAAAGGAUGAUGGCAAAGGCAAACAGGGAGCCAAUGAAGAAAAAGGCAAAAAGCUUGACGAAGGAGGUCCUAAAGAACUUGGAAAGGAUGAUGGCAAAGGCAAACAGGGAGACGAUAAAGAAAAAGGCACAAAGGUUGAUCAAGGAGGUCCUAAAGAACUUGGAAAGGAUGAUGGCAAAGGCAAACAGGCAGACGAUGAAGAAAAAGGCAAAAAGCUUGAUCAAGGAGGUCCUAAAGAACUUGGAAAGGAUGAUGGCAAAGGCAAACAGGGAGUCGAUGAGGAAAAAGGCAAAAAGCUUGAUCAAGGAGCUCCAAAAGAACUUGGAAAAGAUGAUGGCAAAGGCAAACAGGGAGACGAUGAAGAAAAAGGCAAAAAGCUUGACGAAGGAGGUCCUAAAGAACUUGGAAAGGAUGAUGGCAAAGGCAAACAGCAAGAUGAUGAAGAAAAAGGCAAAAAGCUUGAUCAAGGAGCUCCAAAAGAACUUGGAAAGGAUGAUGGCAAAGGCAAACAGGGAGACAAUGAAGAAAAGGGUAAAAAGCUUGAUCAAGGAGCUCCAAAAGAACUUGGAAAGGAUGAUGGUAAAGGCAAACAUGGAGACGAUGAAGAAAAAGGCAAAAAGCUUGAUCAAGGAGCUCCAAAAGAACUUGGAAAGGAUGAUGGCAAAGGCAAACAGGGAGACGAUAAAGAAAAAGGCACAAAGGUUGAUCAAGGAGGUACUAAAGAACUUGGAAAGGAUGAUGGCAAAGGCAAACAGGCAGACGAUGAAGAAAAAGGCAAAAAGCUUGACCAAGGAGGUCCUAAAGAACUUGGAAAGGAUGAUGGCAAAGGCAAAAAGGGAGUCGAUGAGGAAAAAGGCAAAAAGCUUGAUCAAGGAGCUCCAAAAGAACUUGGAAAAGAUGAUGGCAAAGGCAAACAGGGAGACGAUGAAGAAAAAGGCAAAAAGCUUGAUCAAGGAGCUCCAAAAGAACUUGGAAAGGAUGAUGGCAAAGGCAAACAGGGAGACGAUAAAGAAAAAGGCACAAAGGUUGAUCAAGGAGGUCCUAAAGAACUUGGAAAGGAUGAUGGCAAAGGCAAACAGCGAGACAAUGAAGAAAACGGCAAAAAGCUUGAUCAAGUAGGUCGUCUGGAAAAAGGAGACAAUGUCAACAAAGGCAAAAUGCAAGAACAAGGAAGUCAUCGAGAACAUGGAGACGAUGAUGACAAAGGCAAGCAUGGAGAUGAUCACAACAAAGGCAAAAAUCUAGAACAAGAAAGGGAUGAUGACAAAGGAAAACAUGGAGACAAUGAUGACAAAGGCAAAAAGCAAGAAAUAGGAGGUCGUCGAGAACAAGGAGGUCUUCAGGAACAUGGAGACGAUGACGACAAAGAUAAAAAGCAAGAACAAGGUCGUCAGGAAUAUGGAGAUGAUGAUAAAGGCAAGCAUAGAGAUGAUGAGGACAAAGGCAAAAGGCAAGAACAAGGACGUCAUCGGGAACAAGAAAGAGAUGAUGACAAAGGAAAAGAUCGACACAUUGGUGACAAAGGCAAAAAGCAAGAACCAGGUCAUCGGGAACAUGGAGAUGAUGAUGACAAAGGCAAGCAUGGAGAUGAUCACAACAAAGGAAAAAAUCUAGAACAAGAAAGGGAUGAUGACAAAGGAAAACAUGGAGACAAUGAUGACAAAGGCAAAAUGCAAGAAAUGGGAGGUCGUCGAGAACAAGGAGGUCUUCAGGAACAUGGAGACGAUGACGCCAAAGGCAAAAGGCAAGAACAAGGACGUCAUCGGGAACAAGAAAGAGAUGAUGACAAAGGAAAAGAUCGACACAUUGGUGACAAAGGCAAAACGCAAGAACCAGGUCAUCGGGAACAUGGAGAUGAUGAUGACAAAGGCAAGCAUGGAGAUGAUCACAACAAAGGCAAAAAUCUAGAACAAGAAAGGGAUGAUGACAAAGGAAAACAUGGAGACAAUGAUGACAAAGGCAAAAAGCAGGAAAUAGGAGGUCGUCGAGAACAAGGAGGUCUUCAGGAACAUGGAGACGAUGACGACAAAGGCAAAAAGCAAGAACAAGGUCGUCGGGAAUAUGGAGAUGAUGAUAAAGGCAAGCAUAGAGAUGAUGAGGACAAAGGCAAAAGGCAAGAACAAGGACGUCAUCGGGAACAAGAAAGAGAUGAUGACAAAGGAAAAGAUCGACACAUUGGUGACAAAGGCAAAAAGCAAGAACAAGGAGGUCGUCGGGAACAUGAAGACAAUGACGACAAAGGUAAAAAGCAAGAACAACGAGUUCAUCAGGAAAGUGGAGACAACCUUUUAGAGGAUCCAGGAUCCAGUUUUGAAAAACAGUUCCUAUACCUUGGCCUUUUAAACACGCCAACCUCAAUUCAUCCAAUCUGUCCCUUUCUUCCACCGUGUCUUUGCCAGGCACCUCCAUACCUUGUAUCCCCUCCUCCUAACUAGCACUAAAAUCUGUGAAGGAGCAGUCAAUUUAAAAUGGAACAACAUAAGUAUGAAAGUGUCUUUACAAUGUUCAGUCCAAUAAAUAUUCUUUACUGA